AACCUUCAAAAAAAAACCCAAAAAUAGAAUAAAAUCCUUGCCAAGAUGAGUGUGAGCUUAAAUCCACCCAAUGCCGACUUGGAAACUUUCUCGUUGCGCUCGCAUGACUCGAAUAUUUCGAGACGCAACAGCAAGUUUGAAAGGCGCAGUUCGCAGUUUAUGAGUCAGAGACAAAUAAAAUACUCUAUUCCGCCGGAUCAUGUCGACACGCGAUCCUUUGCAUCAAUGUAUAAGCGCAAUUCAACGGACUAUCAAUUCGUUAAGGAUUCAUAUCUGCUUCACGAAGGAGAGAAAGUGUUUUGGGAAUCAUUUCCAAAAUAUGUGCACAACGAUAGUAGAGAUAUUCCAGAUGUUUUUCCCGACUACGCGAAAUUUGUGCUUCCCUUGCACAUUUACUGUCGUAUGCGCUAUUCGGAUUCGCAAAAGAAAUAUGAGGCGCAGUUUCAAAAGGAAAUCGAACUGUUGACCGAAAGUCAACCAACAGCCAGUGAUGCAUUUGGCUUUGUGCGCAUUAUGUCCUACACGACGCUGUGGCCCCCCUUGCAUACCAAGGCUGAAGUAAACUGGUCGAGCUCAAAUAUUUGCCAACUGACGCCUAAAGAGAAGAGCCGGUAUCAUAAAAUAAUGAAAUGGAAUCUUUGAAGUUGCAGCAGCAAUUCAGAGGAUUGAGGAGCAACGGAAAAAAAAACUACACACAUCACUUACUUAUAUACUAAUAAUAAAAAAAAGAAAGAAUAAACUAUUCAAUCGGAAUAGCA